AUGGCACGGCACGAUUUUCACGCUCUCGGUCGCUGGGCUAAUGCAUCCGUCGGCCAAUUAAUAUUCGAACCAUCUAAUCCAGUAAACCACGCGGGUUAACGCGUCCACGGGAAUGUGACGCGAAGCGACAGCUUGGAAGAGAGACGGAUCCAGUUACCUCACCUCGUCGAAUAGGUGGGAAGUAUGGCGUAAUCAGCCGGUAAAACCUCGUGUACGCGUCUCGUGCAAGGUUUCUCAUUCUCGGACGCGGCACGGUCGUUGGACGCGAGAAAGGGGACGCAGCGAUCUUUGUGACAGUUCGACGUUCAAUUAUAAACCGGCGGAAGGACCGAUCUCCGCCGGCCGUGUUAUUCAAGUGGCAAAUCCGAUAAAUCGACACCACCUUAUUUACGAUAGCAAUAAAUGGCUUAGCGAAUGCCGCGGUAUGCUAAAUUGCCGUUGUUGCUUGGUGCGUGCGUUGAACGAAUGCCAGAGACUGGCAUGAGACGAUAAAUAACGCGAUUACCGCACGCUCGCCGAUGUAAUCGAUUGCACUUGGAUUUCUAGGCAGUCGCGCGCGCUCGCCUAUCCUCGCGAGUGAUGGAGAGCCAAGCACCGAGAUUGCCUCGUAAUGAAUGGAAGGUUGAUUAAGGUCGAGGGGAAUGGCGCGUUCGCGGCAAUUGAAAUCUUUAAAACGUUCGAAAGGUGGCUGGCUGGUAAUUGGUCCCGAUCGAGCAAGUUCGCGUGUCUCCGCGCGCAAAUCAACGGCCAACAAUUUUCCUUACAUAAUGGAAGACAAAUAACCUCUCUCGGCUUGUCAAGCCGAAGCCGGUGCCCGUUAGUCGGAUGAAAAUGUUGAAAUGUUACCGACGGACCGACUCGCUCGUUAAAAUGCGUCGGCCGAUACGUCGCGCGGAGUUUUGCGCGCGCGAGGACUCGCGGUCUCCCAUUACCGAGUAAUCUCGUAGCCAGGCAUAGACGCUAAUUAUGCAAAUUACGGUGUAACGGCUCGUUAUAAAUAUCCGUAGACUCCGGAUAAGUCGCGGAUAAAGAAACGAGGAAUUAAAUUUCACCUCGGGUACGUCACCCUGCUUUUCAUUCUGAAACGUUAAAGCGUAUCGGUGAUUAUCCUACAGGCGAGCCUGCAGCUUCUCGGAAGAAGGAGAAAACAGCGUCUAGGUGAGCCACGCAGAGAAGAAGAUUAUACCGUGGUUGCACGAGCAACACACUCGUGCGUGCCGCUGGUGUAAGGGUGUACCGUGCGAUAAACGAGAACCAGUCUCUGUAUCUCCUGGCAAGUGACAGCCGCCAAGGCGCGUUGCGACGCGCGACUCCGCUCCGAGACUCCACGGUUUCGAGCGGCGAAAACAUCCACCGGCCAGCGGAAGACAGCAACGACGACGACGACGACGACAACCGACGUGUCUCGUACUUACAUGCGUAGAUUAUGAACCACGAGAAGAAAGAGAGAGAGAGAGACUAAGACACAAGAUUCUCAUAAUCUCGUUUUUUCUCCGUAGCAUUCUCAUGCUCACUUACCACCAGGCGGCAUCUCUGAUCUAUGAAUUCCAAAUUCCCUUUUCUUUCUCUCUUCCUUUCUCUUUCUUUCCCCGUCGUCUUCGUCCUCGUCUUUCUUAUCCUCUACUUCUUGGUUCCUCCACCCGCCCCUACUCUCUCACCAUCCACCCCAAACCCUGCCGCGUUUCUAUGAGCGCCGUGACAGCACGAUGACGGGCACACAAUGAGGCCAUACAGAAAACAGCCGCUUUUUUCCCUCUCCUCUCCCCGUACGCGAGCUCAUGUCAUAAUGCGGUGAUUCGGGUCCGUGUACACAUACGUACGUGUAACAUAUCUACGCACGUGAUCCUGUCCCUGUACGUAUAUAUAUAUAUAUAUAUACAUACGUGUGUAUAACCGUGCAACGUAACAGGAUUCUGUCGGAGCUCACCUGGCACUUCACGAGCUUCGCCUCGAUUCCAGUUCCACCGGGUUUCGUCCCUGUUUCAUUGAAACUCGAGAGCGACUUUCGCUCACGAUCCUUGCCGAACGAAUUUUCCAAGGGAUCGAAUGCUCACUCUUUUUUUUUUUUUUUUGUUUGUUUGUUUCUAUUUUAGCGAGUUGCUGCAGCGUCGGCGUCGAGGAUUCGAACGUCCAGGAGACCGGUGGCCCAGGUAGCGGAGGCGGGGCUGGCAGUGGAGUGGCCGUUAUACCCGACCGACCACCCCUCGAGCUUGAUAAGCUACCGCCUUAUCACGACGUCGCUCCUAGUCCUGGGCACAAUGUGUGGUCGUGGUUAGGCUCGCGACGCGGCGGCGGUACACCGGGAGUCGUCACGACGCCUCUGUCGCUUCCGCAACACAGACGAGCAAUGAAUCUCCCGGUGGAGAACCACUACACCCACAUGCAAACGGACGAAGCCCUGUACGCAGAACUGGACUCUCAGGCCGCGAGCUACGCGAGCGAUCUCCAGCUACAAAUGAGAGGAAGCUCGACGUACGGUACAACUUCCGGCGGACAGGAUGACGAAUACCACGAGCUAGACGCCGCGAGGUUACAUCGUCAUUACGGCGGUAGCAGCGGCGACGGAUCCUUGCAGAGGGACACGCUUCGUACGCGUCACAGUAAAAGGUUACAAGAACCGGAUUAUGAGAUGUACGAGAACGGGCCGUCGACACCGGUCCCUCCAGGUCAGAUGCAACAUCAUCAUCACCAUCAUCACCACCACAAUCAUCACCAUCAUCACCAGGACCUACGGAUCGGCAGUAGGAACGGUGAUCAUCCGUCGUACCAGAACACGGCGUACACCGGAAGCGACGCCGAACCAGACGGGCCAACAUUGAGCAGCGCGCCAAGUAGCGCUUACUACAGCGACCUGAGCUCGAAUUCGGCGAAUCAACAGAUGCCCGCGGCGGCGUCUUCUGGGAGCAACACGAACCUCCAUCUAAACCCGCAGGGCUUGGAGACGCCUCAAUAUCGAUUGGCAGCGAUAAACGAGAGCUCCGUGCCGUCGGACUAUAUUUAG